AUGGUGCAAUCCUCCAUCCUCGGCUUCCCUCGCAUGGGCAAGCUGCGAGACCUCAAGAAAGCCACCGAGGCCUACUGGGGCGACAAGCUGUCCCGCGAAGACCUCUUGGCCGAGGGCAAGCGCCUCCGCCUCGAGCACUGGAAGAUCCAGAAGGAUGCCGGCGUCGACAUCAUCCCCAGCAACGACUUCUCCUACUACGACCAGGUGCUCGACCACAUCCAGAUGUUCGGCGCCGUGCCCGAGCGGUACUCGACGCACAAGCUCAACACGCUGGACGAGUACUUCGCCAUGGGCCGUGGACACCAGAAGGACGGCGUUGAUGUGCCGAGUUUGGAGAUGGUGAAGUGGUUUGACUCGAACUACCACUACGUCAAGCCUACGCUGCAGGACAACCAGACCUUCAAGCUUUCGGACGACCCGAAGGCUGUGAGGCAUUUCCUUGAGGCCAAAGAGGCUGGCAUCACUACUCGCCCGGUCAUUCUCGGACCCGUGUCCUUCCUCCACCUUGGCAAGGCGGACCGUAAGCAGAACGUCGACCCGAUCACUCUCCUCGAGAAGCUGUUGCCCGUCUACGAGCAGUUGCUGAAGGAGCUGAAGAAGGCUGGUGCCGAGACUGUCCAGAUCGACGAGCCAGUGCUCGUCUUCGACCUGCCAUCCAAGACCCGAAACGCCUUCAAGCCAGCCUACGAGAAGCUCACCGCUCUUCAGGGCAGCGAGGGUCCUCAGCUCGUCCUUGCAACCUACUUUGGCGACAUCGUCCACAACUUCGACGUUGUCGACUCCGCGUUGAAGAACACCUACGGCCUGCACGUCGACCUUGUCAGGCACCCCGAGCAGCUCAGCCCGGUCGUUGAGCACCUCGGACCUAAGCAGAUCCUGUCUUGCGGUAUCGUCGAUGGCCGCAACAUCUGGAAGAACAACAUGAAGAAGUCGAUUGAGCUUGUCGAGACCGCUAUCCAGAAGCUCGGCAAGGAGCGUGUCAUCGUGGCCACCUCCAGCUCGCUUCUCCACACGCCUCACACUCUUGACAACGAGAAGAACCUCGAUCCCGAGGUUAAGGACUUCUUCGCUUUCGCUGUCGAGAAGGCCACCGAGAUUGCCAUCCUGGCCAAGGCUGUCACUGAAGGCCCGGCCUCCGUCCGCAGCGAGCUUGAGGCCAACGAGAAGAGCCAGCAAUCUCGUGCUACAUCCAAGCGGAUCAACAACCCCGAGGUCAAGAAGAGGCAGGAACAGAUCACCAAGGAAAUGCACGAGCGUAAGUCUGGCUUCACCUCCCGCUACGCUCAGCAAAAGGAGCACCUCAACCUCCCGACUUUCCCCACCACCACCAUCGGCUCCUUCCCUCAGACCAAGGAGAUCCGUGUCAACCGCAACAAGUUCACCAAGGGCGAGAUCACUGCGGACGAGUAUGAGAAGUUCAUCGAGAAGGAGAUCAAGGACAACAUUGCCAUCCAGGAGGAGCUUGACCUCGACGUCUACGUCCACGGCGAGCCGGAGCGCAACGACAUGGUGCAGUACUUUGGCGAGCGUAUGGACGGCUACGUCUUCACUACUCACGCUUGGGUGCAGUCCUACGGCUCCCGCUGCGUGAGGCCACCGAUCGUUGUUGGUGACGUCUCGCGUCCCAAGCCGAUGACCGUCAAGGAGAGCAAGUAUGCCGUCAGCGUCAGCAAGAAGCCAAUGAAGGGCAUGCUUACUGGCCCCAUCACUUGCUUGCGGUGGUCGUUCCCACGUGAUGACGUCCACCAGUCUGUGCAGGCCCAGCAGCUCGCACUCGCCCUCCGUGACGAAGUCGUCGAUCUUGAGGAGGCCGGUGUGCUCGUCAUUCAGGUCGAUGAGCCAGCCCUCCGUGAGGGUCUCCCACUCCGCUCUGGUGCCGAGCGAGAGAAGUACCUCAGCUGGGCCGUUGACAGCUUCAAGCUCUCCACCGCCGGCGUCAAGGACAGCACGCAGAUCCACUCGCACUUCUGCUACUCCGAGUUCCAGGACUUCUUCCACGCCAUCGCCGCGCUCGACGCCGACGUGCUCUCCAUCGAGAACAGCAAGUCGGACGCCAAGCUGCUCAAAGUUUUCAUCGACGAGUCCUACCCGCGCCACAUCGGCCCGGGCGUUUACGACAUCCACUCGCCGCGCGUGCCGAGCGAGCAGGAGAUCAAGGACCGCAUCGAGGAGAUGCUGCAGUACCUCAAGCCCGAGCAGCUGUGGAUCAACCCGGACUGCGGCCUCAAGACGCGCGGGUGGAAGGAGACGAAGGAGGCGCUGCGCAACAUGGUGAACGCGGCGCAGUACUUCCGUCAGAAGCACGAGUCGAAGUAG